AUGCUGCCUUUCACAGCUCUCACCAGCAUGUCCUGGAUGCUACUCUCCUGCCUGAUGCUCUUAUCUCAGGUGCAAGGGGAAGAUGCCAAGGAAGAUGUCCCCUCUUCAAGAAUCAGCUGCCCCAAGGGCUCCCAAGCCUAUGGCUCCUAUUGCUAUGCCUUGUUCAAGAUUCCUAAAUCUUGGUUUGAUGCAGAUCUGGCCUGCCAGAAGAGGCCCUCAGGACACCUUGUGUCUGUGCUCAGUGGAUCUGAGGCUUCCUUUGUUUCCUCUAUGGUUAAAAGAAGUGCAAACAGUGGCCAAUAUGUGUGGAUUGGGCUCCAUGACCCAACACUGGGCCAAGAACCCAAUGGAGGUGGAUGGGAGUGGAGUAACGCUGAUGUGAUGAAUUAUCUCAACUGGGAGGUAGUUCCUUCCAGUGCUUCAGGCGGUUACUGUGGCAGCCUGUCAAGAAGCUCAGGAUAUCUAAAGUGGAGAGAUAAUUAUUGUGACUUGGAGUUACAAUAUGUCUGCAAGUUCAAAGCCUAG